CGAAGCCAAACAUAAAAAUUUAGUCUUAGAAUUAGUUUUCCGAAGUAUUGCCUGAAUAUGUCUUCUUGAUGUAGUCACUAGAUUGUCAAUCCACACUUCCUCUUCUUACUGUGUAAUAUUGCGCAAUAUUUUCAGCCUUCAAAAGAAAAGUAAAGUUCAUAGUUUAGCAUGAAUUGUGUUCACAGGGUACUGCGCUACUGUUUUGAAAGUGUCUUGUUCCUAUUACUUACGCAAUCUAUAUUGUAAUAUAAAAAAACUUGAUUUUUCAAGUUAUUUGUAAUCAAAAAAUGCCUCUUUUCCAACGAAAAUUCAAUGUACCAAAGUUUCCUGCUCGAAAAGCGUCUAGUAUGACAAAUUUAUCACAUCUAGAUUCAACUACGCGAAGUCAAGAGUUCAGCAUGGAUUUGGGACCAAUUAGAACACGUUUAAGUGGACGGGAUCUUGUAUUCCGUAAUGGACAGUGGAUCAUUGAAGGAGAAAAUGGAAUGUUAAAUGAUGAAUCUGGAAAUGCAACUCAAUUAGGUCGUGAAACAUUUCGUAUUAAAAAAGAAAAUCAUCAAUUAAUUGAAGAAAAUAAUUUGUUAAAGUUGAAAAUUGACAUACUCUUAGAUAUGCUCGCUGAAACUACAGCUGAAGUACACUUACAAGAGAAUGAAAUUGAAAAUCUACGUAAUACAUUGCACAAAAAACCAAACACAACAAUUCAAGUUGCUUAA